AAAUAAGAAGAAAGUAAUUUAGGGUUUUCUUGUAAAUUCUAUAACUUUGCAAAGAAAGGUUGUGUAGAGCUGGAAGAUGUCUCAUUUUAAUCAGAAAUGUACGAACUACAAUUAUGCCUCAUUAAGAAAGGUUUUGGUUAUCUUUUAGAGUUUCUGAAAAACUGGUUUUCCAGAAAAGCGCUCUCUGGAGACCUAGACGUCCAAACCACUAUGGUAUUCGGAUUCAGCACACUCGAUGACUUAUUGUUCUCUAGGUAAAAGCGAUCGGACAGUUGGAAUGGUUUCCUCGUGAGCCCUAUAUCGUUAUCCAAUAUUUGUUUUUAUUUGUUUAGCUACGACACUUAGUAACGGGACAUUUAAUACAACCUGUACAUCAAAUACAAAUUGUAAUGAAGCAUUACUGUUACAAUGUAUUAACGGUUUAUGUGAGUGUCCAGGUGUUACGGCUACAAACGAUACAUGGUUCUGGAAUGGAACAUACUGUGUGGUGUGUCCAGCUUUAUGGUUAAAUUAUGAACUUUAUUGUUAUUAUUUAUCACAAACAUCAGCUACAUGGUCUAAUGGGCGAACUUGGUGUCUCAGUAAUGGAGCUGAUUUGUUAGUUAUCAAAACAAAAGAUGAAUGGAAUUUUAUACAACCAUAUGCAGCUUCAAUUAUUGGUUCAUAUGUUCAUGACCUUCUAUUGAAAGGCGGAGUAUUCAGUUGGGUUGAUUCGACAAUGUUAACAUUUACAUGUACGAACAAUAAUGACAUAGAUAAUGAUGGACCAUAG